AUGGAGACAGCUGAUGAGUUUAUCAACGAACGCCAACGAAUACGGGCCGAAGCCGCUGAUGCACUCCAAUAUGCCCAGGGACGCAUGGCAUUCUACUUCGACAGAAAACACAAACCAGUUGAACUGAAGAACUACGCCUAUAUCCGCCUCACGCGUAAGCCCGGCCACGUUGGAUAUACGUUGGAAGGCAGCUCCUGCUUGUCACCCGUCAAGAUGGGCCCGUUCCGGAUAAUCCGCCGCGUCGGCAAUCUGGCAGUCCCACCGCAAAAGUUUCCGUUGAUGCGGCCCCACACCCGCGUUUUUAGGACGCGUGCCAACCAACUCACCUUCUUCAAACACCUACCAUGGUUCCCAGAACGCCCCUACGUCCUAUUGAUUCAAACAGGCCAAGCUGAAAUUGGGAUCCCCACGGCUACUAUUGCGCGACACUUUGGUUUAUCCCCUUCAACCAUCCAAUAUACCCUCGAACAAGAACACGCCCGAGUAGAUGGGAAGACCUGCCCUCGACCUGGGAGACCCCCUAUUCUCUCUGAGGGUGACAAACGCUUGAUCCUGCGUUUAAUUACGCGCGAUCCCUUCAUCGUGUAUCGAGAAAUUCGCGAACAAAGCGGAUUAACGGCGUCUGACGACACCCUUCUUCGUCUGGUGAAAUCCUCGGGCUACGGCCAUUGGAAAGCUAAAAAAAUACCCUUCCUGACUCCGGAAGUGGCCGCGCUACGUUUAGAAUGGGCUGAGGCCCACCAGAAUUGGACGUGGGAUGACUGGAAGCGAGUUGUGUGGAGUGAUGAAUGUUCCGUCGAGAUCGGAAAAGGGAAGCGCCACCGUUGGGUCUUCCACCUGAACCACACCAACGUAAAAUACAAAAAGGAACAUGUGGUCACGUACCGGAAGUCGAAAGGUCUCUCUAUCAUGAUUUGGGGCGCGAUCUGGGGUGGUGGUUCCUCGAAAAUAUACCAAAUGGUUCGAGAUGAGGCAUCCGCCCGAAACGGCUACUCUGCACGCUCGUAUCUCGAUGUUUUAGAGGGAAAUCUACCUCAAAUUCUCGAUGAUACCAACCGCAUCUUCAUGCAGGAUAACGCCCCGAUUCAUACGGCUCGUUUAAUCAAGUCGUGGUUGGAUGAGCACAAAUAUGAUGUGAUGAAGUGGCCUCCCUAUUCGCCGGAUCUGAACCCUAUCGAACAUGCCUGGGCUAAGCUCAAAGAAAUGAUCGAUAGGCUGGAUCCGCACCUGGAAUCCCACCGGCACCCUAUCAGCCUGCAGGGUAAGCAUAUGAUCUAG